AUGGUGUACGAUUGGGAAGGCAAGCGGGAUGUCUGCUACAAGAUGUACAUUGAGGAGAAGAGGGCGCUCGAGGAUAUCAUGGAAUAUAUGAGAACAACGCAUCAAUUCGCCCCAAGUAAACGAGCUUUUCAGACACAAUUCAAGCGAUGGGGUUUUCCGUCGAAGCAGAAUCCUGCGCAUAAAAAUCCCCAUCUGGUUGCGCGGGUGAAGCAGCUAUGGGAGACCAACACGAUGCAGCGCGAUAUGCUGCGGAUACUCAACGAGGAAGGGUACCCCAUCAAGGAGCGCGAAUUGAUGCGGUUACGAGCGAAGAAUCGAUGGCUGUUGAGAGUUCCCAAUGGCAUGAAAUCGUACCGAGAGAAUGGCCCCGUGUCCACCGCGACGACGACGGAGGAAGAUGGUUCGGCGGAGGGGAUUCCGCUCGAUGAGGGACAGCAGACUGUGGGUAGUGAUGUAAGAUACUUGGCGGAUGUUGCUGCUUCUGCUGCUGCUACUGCUACUCCUGUGGGAGAGCCAGAAGAGAUGCUUAAGCGACAGGAGAGACUUUCGCGAUUGCAGGCGGAAAGUGACGAGAGGUGGGCGACGAAGAAGCGGCGACGGCGGACUCGAGGGUGGGCUGGGCUGCCGGCAGAUCCUCCGGGGCCGCCACGGUUUCCCUCUGAGACUACGCUCGAUGAAAGUAAAAAGAUUUUAAGCCUGGAUGAUACGAUGUAUCGACAGCUUCGAGAUCGGUUUCACCGGAUAUGCGAAGAGGCUGGGUUCAUCAAGAAGACGAUUGCCGGGCCGGAACGGUGGCAGGAAGCGAAAGACAGAUUGAUACGGGAAUCUCAACAUCUACGGAGUGUUUUCUGGGGGGAGUCGUUGGAAACGAAGGCUCUUGCGCUGGACGUUAUCUGCACGGAUGUGACGAAGCGAAUGCGCACGCUGGAAAGUAGGAUGACGAUAGCGGAGGCGAAGAAUGCGCUAGGUAUAAACCCGGAAGAGAGCAGACAAAUACGCAAUACCUUUUAUGACACUUUGAAAGCCGAUCAUUUCACAAGCAAGCUUGAAAUGGGCGAUGAGCGUUGGAGCGAGCUCAAACAGCAGUGGAUACAGGGCUCGGAGCUCCUACAGCGCAUUCUUAGCCCUGGAGCCGCCGAUCCCCAACAUGCACAGAAAGCUAGAGCGGUAGAGGUUCUCUGUCGAGACGUCAUGAAGCGCCUGCGAGACGACCAAGCCAAGCGCGAUCCAUCCAAACGGCAAUUCACGCAAAAUCGCACCGCCCGCCUCCCUCAAUCUAGGGCGUCAACCGCCUUUGCCAACGGGGUCAGCACGCUUGCGUCUCAAGCCCUGGCUAGCUCUCGGAUAGCCAACGGUGAACUUAACGGCAUACAAAUCGACCCAUCACUCAUCCAAGCUGUCACAAACACCACUGCUACCUCCUCCUCCGCCGAUCCGUCCUUCUCCCUCGCCCAUCCCCAGCCAGACGCCCAGCAGUCUUUUGGAUACUCCAAUCCUAUUUUAGCCGCCAGCUCCAUGAUACCUGUUUUCCUCCGCAUCCAUCCCCAAUCGCAAAUCCACCAAGACGCCAAAACGUGGAUAAGCAAGCUUAAUUCACGCUCGGUAGAUGAGCUACGAAUGCUGGCGCUGAUGAAGUUCAAAGACGCGCGUGUGGCGCGGAUCGAGGGCACGGUCAAAGACGAGGACGGGAGGGACAUUCCGUUUUUGAUAACUGAAGAUCAUGAGCUGGAUGCGUAUCUCACACAUGUUCAGGGACGGACGGCAACGUUUUUAUUCUGUUUACAGCCAGCGCAGUAA